ACAGCCUAGAUGUACCAGUAAUGAUGUGUGAGGAUAAGUGUCAUUGUUUCAUUAUAAUCUGAUUCAAUACACUGCAUUUAGCUGGUUAAACAUGGUGGUCAUAGCUUGAUAAUGAGGUAAAAGCUGCCAUAUCCGGUUACCGUUUUUUUCUAAGCUGGCGAAACUUAGCUAAGGGUAAGCAGGUCGAUCUGUUCUUCGAAAGAUGUCUUUUCAGGAGUCGCCCCGUCCUUCUGAAGAGGAUGAGGCUUUCUACAUGCAGUGCAGAGCCGCGUACCUGGCUGUGUUCAGAUCUAGUUUGACAAAUAUCACUUCGAAACAGCACUUAUGCCGUGUUCUUCAACAGGCUGGUAGAAAUCCAUCCCAUGCAACUCUUAAUAAAUACUGGACUGCUACAACAUCUAAGCUGAACUUUGAUGACUUUUGUGAGAUUCUCAAGCACGAGGAGAAAACUGAGGAAAGUGAGCUGAUGAGAGUUUUUAAAAAGAUGGAUGUGAACGGUGACGGCUACAUCACACACAGUGAACUGGAGAAGGCCUUAAUCACUAGAGGAGAGAAAAUGACGAAAGAGGAGGUGAAUGCUAUCUUCUCACUGGCUGACAUUAACAAGGAUGGCAAACUGCACUACGCAGAAUUCUGCAGAUUGUUUGCGUCUACAGUAGAGCAGUGUCAAACAGCUGCUUUGGAGAGACUUGAGGCUGAUGCCAAGCUGAAGAGACUGAACUUUGGCAGUCAAUCAUACAGCCCGCCAAAGAGCUCCGUGUCAUCAGCAUCAUCAGCAACUCAGCGGGUGGACUCGGACACAACACCAAAGAAAGACAACCGCUCAUCCUCCCGGCCUUCUUCAGCUCGCAGCAGACGUUCGUCUCUGUCAAACUCAAUCACGAUGACAUCGAGCAGCACUAAAGCCAACAAAUUCCCAGAGCCUUCAGGUUUACAGGGUUGGCAUCACAGUUUUAUGAAAGGCUGCUUCUUUUUGGAAGACGACGGGAGUAUCAGCGCUCUGCAGUACCAGCUCCACAUCCCCCACACGACAACCGUCUACCUAACCAUCCAACCACUCGGCCUCAGCCACAGACCUGACAAGUCCUCAGCAUGGAUGACAGUGGACACAGCACUUUUUGUCAUGUCAGCUGGUGAAACUAAAGAAGACACAAAUUUAGUGUGUUUCACUGAGUCAAAAGACAAAGAAAAGUAUAUUUGGAAAGGGGAACUGAAUGCUGGGACAUACCACCUGCUUCCCUUCACCAGUGGCUGCAGGUUAAAGAAAAGGAGCAGAAAGAGCCCUUCUAGUAAACCCGUGGAGUUGGUCUACAGGACUGACACAGAAGAACUAGACCUGACCAGGGAGUUCAGGGAGGUGCUGUCUGACAUUUUUGAGAUUAUAGACCUUGACGGCAAUGGUUUGCUCAGCCUGGAGGAGUACAAUUUCUUUGAGCUCAGGACCAGCGGAGAGAAGUGUGACAAGGAUGCCUGGGCCGUCUGCAAAGAAAACUUUGAUAUGAGAAAGAACCAGCUGACACGACAGGGAUUCAUGGAGCUGAACCUGAUGGAGGCCACUGAGAAAGAUGGAGAUCCUGCAGACAUGUGGUUCACGCUGGAAGCUAUGGGUUACAACCGUAUGCUGGAGCUAGUAGAGGCCUGUCCAUUCCAGAUAGACGUAUACUGUGAAAGCACUCAGCCAUCCAUCCAGCCCCUCAGCAUGGAUUCAGGGCCAAAGCUUCUGAGCCAGGCGCUCCAGAAGUCCAUCACAGCUAGAACAGGGGCCAAAGCACUGAGGGGACACGACAAUGUGUUCAUCUACACCUACAAAGGGGAGCACAGGAUUUCCUCCCUCAUUACCAACAAGACAAACCAGAGAGUGACUGUGCAUGUGAACAACGAGCAGAGCAGGAACUGCUGCAGUAGCAGAGGCAUGACAGUGUUUGCUGUAGAAGUGCCAGCCAGGACUAAAAUGGUGUGCCAGCAUGUUCUACCCAUCAAUGAAAAACAGGACUGGAUCUACAGCUGUGUGGAGACCAUACUACCCGCAAUGUAAAGUCCAGCCUGAAUGGACAGCUCUUUAUAUUCUGGCUAAAAUGUAUUCGUCAAGGUUUUAAAUGUGGGCACUAAAGAGCGAUUUGUUCUAUAUCCACUGGCAUUAUAUCAUGAAUGUGAAUUAUCAUAAGUUGUUCUAGCUCUGCUUUAAUGAUUAUGUGUAUUUUUUACUGUGAGAAAUGGAUGAGCGCCUAAUCAUUUCAGCUGCCUGACUUGUUGCCUGGCCUGUAAUAUUGAAUUUGUAGGUAGUCGAUGAGUUUUGUGUAACAUCUGGUUAUAAUGGAGACGGUUAACAAUUUCCCUGCUGUUUUUAAGUUGUUUUCUUUUUCCUUCUGUUGUUUUAUUAUUAUUGUUAUUAUCUUUAUUAUUUCUCUCUGUUGAAUUUGUCUUUGUUACUUUGUUAUUACUGUGAUACAUGGAAUCAAGGAUUGAAGAUUAAGGGUUUAAUUUCUAACAUUUAGAAAAUCAUGUCAUUAUUAUCAUGUCACAAUAGAGUGUUAUGUCAUUAUUAAGGGUAAGACAACACUUUCUUAUAUUAGUUUUUUUAUCACUCUUGUCAUGUAAUGGUGGAUUUUACUUAUGUUAAUAUUGCUGAAUGUCAUUACCGUCUUGUUUCGACAGAACAGAUAAGAAAAUUAAAGGAAAAGAACAAAAGUCCUUCAAGUCCACAUAAAUGUGUUUGAAAAUUAGUAAUACUAAUUAUUUGAAAAAAAUCUCUUACAGCAAUAUUGAAAAUUCCUGUCAAGGAUUCAUUAAAUUUGACCUUAGAGGAUUAUCAGCAAGUUUUCCAUAAACACAGGAAUGUCAUUCUGGCUCCAACAUUGUCUCCUGGAAUUAGAGACACUUGUAAGUACAUGUUUAGCUGAUUAUGGCCAUCACUGAAGUCAUUAAUUUUCUUACAUAUUGUUGCAGUUCA